AUGAGCUCCUCAAACGACACCACCGCUCCGCCGUCCGACAUGAAAAUCACGAUCAACCCGCAACGCGCCGCCGCCCUGUUACAGAACCUCUCCUCGGUCCAGCAACGAGUCCAAAGCGCAUGGAGCUCCUCCCUUUCUCCAGGCACGAGCCCGUCGACCGCUGCCGCGCCCGUCCGAGUCGUCGCCGUGUCGAAGCUGAAGCCAGCCUCGGACAUCCUCGCGCUACAUCACCCAGCAGCAGCAGCAGCAGCAUCAUCAUCAUCCUCUGAAGAAUCCGCCAGCACGCAGCAGUCGCAAGGGCAAGGAGGACACGACCAUUUCGGGGAGAACUACGUGCAGGAGCUGGUGGAGAAGUCGAGGGUGUUGCCCAAGACGAUCAAGUGGCAUUUCAUCGGCGGGUUACAGUCGAACAAGUGCGUGCCCGUGGCGCGGGACGUGGACAACCUGUGGGCGGUGGAGAGCGUGGACAGCGAGAAGAAGGCGAACCUGUUGAACAAAGGCCGGGCGGAGAGGAACGAGCGACUGCGCAAGGAACACGGGCAGCAGGCCAUGGACGAGAACGGCCUCGAGGAGAAAUUGAGGAUCUUCAUACAAGUCAAUACCUCCGGUGAGGAGUCCAAGAGCGGGCUCGAUCCAGACUCCCCAGAACUGUUGUCCCUGGCCAGACUCAUCCGCGACGAUGGGCGGUGUCCGAACCUGCACCUCCAGGGACUCAUGACUAUUGGUGCCAUCGCGCGAUCAAAGGCCACAACCCCGGAAACAGAAAACGAGGACUUCAUCACGCUGCGCUCCACCCGCGACAAACUCGCUGCAGAUCUAGGUCUGCAGAACAAGGAUGAACUCGAGCUGAGUAUGGGAAUGUCAGAGGACUUUGAGAGCGCAGUGAGGUUGGGAAGUAGUGAGGUAAGGGUAGGAAGUACGAUAUUUGGGGAGCGGCCGCCGAAGAAGGACGCCAAAGUGCUAGAGCAAACGGAACAAGAGAAGAAUUGA